AUGUCGUUGGCACGGCUGGAGUAUGUGUCGCCGUUCCUGCUGAUGCUGGACCGCACCCUCGCCAUCCUCAUCGUCGCCGUGACCGUUUCAGUUGGCGUUCUCGCGACCCCAGCGCCACAGCUUGGAAUCCUGCCACCGGAUACGCUUCCGUGCUCGCCUCAGGACUUCAUUUGCACCCAAGUUGAUUCGGUGUUGAACUGCUGCGACGGCUCCUUCUGCGACACCUCACUCCUCGGCACUGUUGGCACUUGCAUGCCUAUCCCGCCGGGUCAGUAG